CACUUGAACGCACGGAGGGGGAGGAGGGCUGCGAGAGAAAACAAACCGAGAAAAUUGUUCGCCUGAAACGAAAGAACCAAUAUCAAAGUGGCAUUCGGGGCCCACCGUUAUUCGUUUUCGGAGUGAUCGGUGCGAUUUUGAUGUAGUUUUGUCGACUUCACGCUGCAGUGUUGCUCCUUUCCAAGCAUCCGGUAAAAAUAAUAUAAGUGUCUGUGGGGCUACUGUACGGACGGCCAGUGCAGAACUGUUCUGAUGUGUCAAUAAGUUUGAGGCUGGAAUGAGAAGGCCCUGGCGUUUCGACCGGAUUUCAGGGGUCAUCUUCAUCGCAUGAUACAGCCUGACUGACAGAUCCAUCCUCAUCUUUCAAAUACCGUAUAUCCAUAUUCUGUGGCUCUGGUCAGCAGCAGUAUGAAGGGUGGAGGUGGAGGGAAAGAACCUCCGGUGGAGGGAGAAGUCAGCGGAAAGCGGCCCAAACGCAAGUGUCUGCAGUGGCACCCACUGCUGGCCAAGAAAGCUCCAGACUUCUCUGAGGAAGAGGAGGAGGAAGAUGAAGAGGAGCUGGAGAAGGAGCCGGUGUUAUGUGCAGAGAGCGGAGCACAGGAGGGAGAGUGUGGCGGGAUGGAAGAUGACAGUGAGGAAUACUCCUCUGAACAACGGGCUCGCCGGCCCAUGAACGCCUUUCUGCUGUUCUGCAAACGGCACCGUUCGCUGGUCCGACAGGAGCAUCCGCGACUAGACAACCGAGGAGCCACUAAGAUCCUGGCGGACUGGUGGGCCGUACUGGACCCCAAAGAAAAACAAAAAUACACAGACAUGGCCAAGGAGUAUAAGGAUGCGUUCAUGAAGGCUAAUCCUGGUUACAAAUGGUGUCCUGCCACCAACAAGCCAGUAAAGAGUCCCUCUCACUCUAUGAGUAAUGCCCGCAAGAAAGUCUGGUCUCUUCCAUCCAACCCAAGCAAGGAUUCUUCAGUUGCCAAAAAACAGCUCAAAACUGACAGCACACCCCAGCUCAACUUCGCCAUGGCUGAUCCCAAUAAGAUGGGCGGCUUAAGCAUGCUGCUGUUAGCCGGGGAGCACGCGCUGACCGCCAGAGAGAUUUCCUCCAGCUCUUCCCAGGCAGGAGGCACAGAUGUUGCCAAGCACACUGGGAAAUCAGCCCUCUUCCAGCUGGCUGAGAUUUCUUCCAGUCCAGCACAGCCAGCUGGGGGAAGUAAGAACGCUGAGGACACAAGCUCUCUCACACAUGUAGAGGCCUCUGGACCAUCUCAGCCAAGUUCACCAGACCUACCCAAGAGUUGUGUUAAAUCACCCUUGUUUCAGCUGGCUGAGCAGAUCUCCUCCAGUAGGUCUCAGUCAGCGUCUGAGGGGAGGCAGUGCGGCCAGUCGGCUCUUUUCCAACUCGCUGAGAUGUGUUUGGCCUCUGAGGCUGAAAAGAUGGAAGUUCGAUCCUCCCAGCCCUCUGGUGGUUCCUCCUCACUCUGUGCUCAGCACAGCUCAAGUAGCAGAGGCAUCACAGAACAUGAAGAGCAGGCAGAUGCUCCUGAACUUCCUCUCAUCACAUCAUCAUCAUCCUCAUCAUCAUCCUCUACCUCCGGCUCCACCUCGUCCUCCCCUACUGAUGCCACCCCAUCUGAUCUCAGCCCGUGUAAGACGCUGAAGAAGAAGAAAAAGAAGAAGGAAAAUAAAGACUCAGACGAAAAUCCUGCAUCGCCCAAAAAGGCAAAGAAGCGCCAUUCGCCAGAGUCGGAUCUGGACAGCGUGAUGUUCACCAUCGAAGCAGUAGCAAAAGGUGCUUGGGGCUCAGAAGAAACACCCAGGAAGAAACCUCAUCCCUCAGGGAGUGAGAGCAGCCCCACCAUGGACCAAUCUCCAGCUGUGAAAAAGAAAACAAAACCGAAACCGAAAAAACAGCUGAAAUUAAAAGAUGACAGCGUGGAGGAAGAGGAAGAAGGGGACGUAGAGACCAAUAAACCGCAGGACGUAGAGAUGAAAACUGAGGAAGCUCCUCUGACCCCUAAAGCUGAGUGUGAAAAUGAGCCAGACAUGAAGGUGGAGCCCCCUAGUGGCGUGGAGGACACGGCACCACACUGCUCUCCUCAACCUACAGAACUGGAGGAGAAAGACACAGACACCAAAACACCUCAAACCAGACAAGAAGAUAAAGAGCCAGAGGUUAAGCAGGAGACCUGUGGGUCUAGGAAGUCUGAGAGAAGCUGUAAAGGAGCACUUUAUAAGACUCUGGUGUCCGAAGGGAUGCUUACAUCACUGAGAGCAAAUGUGGACAGAGGGAAAAGAGGUUCCAUGCGAGGCAGUGUGUCCGAUCAUGAAGGAAGCUGGAAUGACGAGAGCUGGGGAUUUUCUCAAGCUGCUACCAGCAACCCAAAAAAGCUCAAGAAGUCCAAGUCUAAAGAGGAAACCACCACAGGACUAGGAAAGCUUGAGGAGGAGUUCGAGAAAAAGUUCAACAGCUUACCGCAGUACAGCCCACUGACUUUUGACAAAAAGAGCGUGGCGGUCACCAAGAAGAAAAAAAACAGUACGUCCAGCCCUCCUGAACCGCCCAAACCCUGCAAGGGUUCAUCUUCAUCUCAGAAAAAGACCUUAUUCCACAAGAUAGUGAACAAGUACAAACACAGGAAGGAGAAAUCCAGUGCCGCAGACAAAGAUAUCGUCCCAACUGACCCAGUGAAUACAGAAUCAAGUCCAGUGAAGUCGUGCAGCCCGUGUGUGCCUCCCUCUCCUGAAACCCAGAAGGUUCUGGACACACCUGUGGGCAGUCAGAAGAGGAAGGCCAGGAAGAGUAAAAUCACACAUUUGGUGCGCACUGCUGAUGGCAGAGUGUCACCUGCAGAGGGUGAGCUGAACCCACAGUUUCCUGUUGCAAAGUCUUAUUUAUGA